AUGCCUGCUCGGAAACGAUCCCGUGUCUCUGAUUCGGAGGACGACUACGAGGCUAUUGACGACGAUUCGGACGCGUCCUACUCUGCCCAUGCGCCGAAGACUUCCAACCGGCCAGGGAAGCGCGCGAAGGCAAAGCCUGCAGGGAAACGCACAAAGACCAAGAGUGCCGUUGUAGAAGACGCUGAAGAAUCGAUUUCUAGCGAACCACAUGCAGCAUCACUCCACGUCAUCAGCUCUCCAGAGCCCCUGCGGGCUGCCCUGCUGGACUGGUACAAUGUUGUGCAUGAUGUGCGCGGGAUGCCUUGGAGGAAGCGCUAUGAUCCGUCGCUGGGCGCGGAAGAGCGGUCACAGAGGGCUUAUGAGGUUUGGGUAUCCGAGAUCAUGUUGCAGCAAACACAGGUCGCCACCGUCAUACCAUACUACAACCGGUGGAUGGAAAAGUUUCCAACCAUCGAGCACCUCGCUGACGCGGACGACGAGACGGUGAAGGCGCUGUGGAAGGGUCUUGGGUACUACUCUCGUGCUACGCGGCUGCAUCAGGGUGCGCAGAUUGCUGUAAAGGACUUUGGCGGACGCCUGCCUACGAAUGCGAAGGAGAUGGAGGCAAAGAUAUCCGGCAUUGGCCGGUAUAGUGCUGGUGCAAUAUGUUCUAUCGCAUAUAACGAGUGUGCUCCCGUGCUUGACGGCAACGUACACCGUUUGAUGAGUAGACUACUCGCACUGCAUUCACCACCGAAGUCAAAGCAGACACUCGACGUCCUCUGGGCAGGCGCGGAGGCGAUGGUGAAGCGCGCUGAACACCCGGGAGACAUCAACCAAGCGUUGAUCGAGCUUGGCAGCACGGUGUGCAAGCCUCGCGACCCGGCCUGCUCAAAAUGCCCAUUGAACAAGUGGUGUCAGGGUUACAGACUGACGAAGGAGGAGUCAAUGGAGGACGCACCUGAUAUUGAAGAACUCUGCACACUCUGCGCCCCUGUCACAGCGGACGAGGAGGUUGGCUCGGUCACCAUAUACCCUAUGAAGGCAGAACGCAAGAAGGCCCGAGAGGAGAUGGACUCGGUCAACGUCGUUGAGUGGCGCCACAAAAACACCAACGAACGGUGGUUUCUUCUCGUCCGGCGACCUGAAAGCGGUCUUCUGGCAGGCCUUCAAGAAUUCCCGUCGAUACCCAAUAUCUCCUCCACCGCAUCCAAACUGGCUGAAGCGCCUUACACGCUCCUCGAAGGACUUCUUAGCAGUCCCCCGCGGAAGCAGAAAGCUGCUCAGGGAGACGCGCAGUCCCCUCGAAUAACGCGAGUCAAGCCGGCGGGCGACGUCAUUCACGUCUUCUCGCACAUCCGUAAGACAUACCGCGUCCAGUGGGUCCUGCUCGAGGGCGGGAGCGAGAACGGCUCCAGGCCUCCAGCACUGCUUCCACGCCCUACAAUUACCAACGACGCUCCAUCGCGAGGUCCCGAGAGCAAGAAACCCAAGGGCAAGAAGAACUCGGUCAAUGCGAGCGCCUCGCAGCCGGCCGUGAUUGCGCAGUGGGUACGUCUGGACGAGGUGGAGAACGCAAACAUCAGCACCGGUGUUCUCAAGAUUUGGAAGCAAGUUCAAUCUAUGUGGAACUGGAACGACUAAGCCCAUUGGGAUCUAGAAAGUAGCGUCGGUAGACGCUUUCGGUUUCUUGGUGUGGUUGCCAUAUAAAUAUCUGACCUACGCAACAUCUGUGAUAUCUUACGAUUAC